GGGAAGUCCGUCACCGUCGCUCACUGCCUCUCUCGGUUGAACCCCGCAAUACCUUUCGAGCUGCUGAAACCGUGGAGUAAAACGAAAGUUAAGGGUUGGAAAAUGAGUGUGGAGGCGUACGGGCCGAGCUCCCAAACCCUCACCUUCCUGGACACUGAGGAAGCCGAGCUGCUCGGAGCGGACACCCAGGGCUCCGAGUACGACUUCACCGAUUUCACGCUUCCCAGUCAGACCCAAACUCAAGCCCAGAGCCAGCUGGACGGCCAGGUUAAUGGUCCAGAUGAAGGUCUCCACAACGGAGGGUUGGAUGACUCCGUGAUCAAAACCAGCCAGUUGUUGGGCGAGCUGAACUUCGAGGAGGAUGAAGAAGACACGUAUUACACCAAAGACCUUCCCGUACACGCAUGCAGCUAUUGUGGUAUUCAUGACCCGGCAUGUGUGGUGUACUGUAACACCAGCAAGAAGUGGUUCUGUAAUGGUCGUGGCAACACAUCUGGCAGCCACAUUGUGAACCACAUGGUGAGGGCCAAAUGCAAAGAGGUGACACUGCAUAAAGAUGGACCGCUGGGUGAAACUGUGCUGGAGUGCUACAACUGUGGAUGUCGCAACGUCUUCCUCCUGGGCUUUAUCCCGGCCAAAGCUGACUCUGUGGUGGUGCUUCUUUGCAGGCAGCCCUGUGCCAGCCAGAGCAGCCUGAAGGACAUCAACUGGGACAGCUCACAGUGGCAGCCACUGAUCCAAGAUCGCUGCUUUUUGUCCUGGCUGGUGAAGAUCCCAUCAGAGCAGGAGCAACUCCGAGCUCGUCAGAUCACUGCCCAACAGAUCAAUAAGCUGGAGGAACUCUGGAAGGACAAUCCCACCGCUACCUUGGAAGACCUGGAGAAACCUGGUGUAGACGAGGAGCCCCAGCAUGUGCUGCUGCGCUACGAGGAUGCUUACCAGUACCAAAAUAUAUUUGGCCCGUUGGUCAAACUGGAGGCCGACUAUGACAAAAAGCUUAAAGAGUCCCAGACUCAAGACAACAUAACAGUCAGGUGGGACCUGGGACUGAACAAAAAGCGGAUUGCGUAUUUCACUCUGCCCAAGACGGAUUCAGGUGACAUGCGACUGAUGCAAGGUGAUGAGAUCUGCCUGCGCUACAAGGGAGACUUGGCUCCGCUGUGGAAGGGCAUUGGUCACGUCAUCAAAGUACCAGACAACUAUGGCGAUGAAAUUGCCAUUGAGUUGCGGAGCAGCGUUGGAGCGCCUGUGGAAAUCCCACACAACUUCCAGGUGGACUUUGUUUGGAAAUCCACCUCUUUUGACAGGAUGCAGAGCGCCCUGAAAACCUUUGCUGUUGAUGAGACUUCCGUGUCCGGCUACAUUUACCACAAACUUUUAGGCCACGAGGUCGAAGAUGUCACCAUCAAGUGCCAGCUGCCAAAGCGCUUCACUGCCCCGGGUCUGCCUGACCUUAAUCACUCACAGGUGUACGCUGUAAAAACUGUGCUGCAGAGGCCUCUCAGUCUGAUCCAGGGCCCUCCUGGCACUGGGAAGACCGUCACCUCUGCUACGAUUGUUUACCACCUGUCCCGGCAGGGCAAUGGGCCGGUUUUGGUGUGUGCUCCCAGUAACAUAGCUGUGGACCAGUUGACUGAGAAGAUCGACAAGACUGGCCUGAAGGUAGUCCGCCUGUGCGCUAAGAGCCGAGAGGCUAUUGAGUCACCGGUGUCUUUUCUGGCUCUGCACAACCAGAUCAGCAACAUGGACAGCAUGCCGGAGCUGCAGAAGCUGCAGCAGCUGAAGGAUGAGACUGGUGAGCUGUCGUCUGCUGAUGAAAAACGCUACAGGGCUUUGAAGCGCACUGCUGAGAGGGAGCUGCUCAUGAAUGCUGAUGUGAUUUGCUGCACCUGUGUUGGAGCUGGAGAUCCCCGUCUGGCCAAGAUGCAGUUUCGUUCCAUCCUGAUCGAUGAGAGCACUCAGGCCACUGAACCCGAGUGCAUGGUGCCUGUGGUUUUGGGGGCAAAGCAGCUUAUUCUUGUUGGCGACCACUGCCAGCUCGGACCUGUUGUGAUGUGUAAGAAGGCAGCCAAGGCAGGUCUGUCCCAGUCUCUGUUUGAACGAUUGGUGGUUCUGGGAAUCCGGCCAAUCCGCCUGCAGGUCCAGUACCGCAUGCACCCAGCUCUCAGUGCCUUCCCCUCCAACAUCUUCUACGAGGGUUCCCUGCAGAAUGGCGUCACCGCAGCUGAUCGCAUCAAGAAAGGCUUCGAUUUCCAGUGGCCUCAGCCUGAUAAGCCCAUGUUCUUCUAUGUGACUCAGGGUCAGGAGGAAAUAGCCAGUUCUGGAACUUCAUACCUCAACAGGACCGAGGCAGCCAACGUAGAGAAAAUCACCACCAGGUUGUUGAAAGCAGGAGCUAAACCUGACCAGAUAGGCAUCAUCACCCCAUAUGAGGGUCAGCGCUCCUACCUGGUCCAGUACAUGCAGUUCAGUGGCUCGCUUCACACCAAACUCUAUCAGCAAGUGGAAAUUGCCAGCGUGGACGCCUUCCAAGGCAGAGAGAAGGAUUUCAUCAUCCUUUCUUGUGUCCGUGCCAAUGAGCACCAGGGAAUUGGCUUCCUGAAUGACCCUCGUCGUCUCAACGUGGCGCUGACCAGAGCCAAGUAUGGUGUGAUCAUUGUGGGGAACCCCAAAGCGCUCUCAAAGCAGCCGCUGUGGAACAACCUGCUGAACUACUACAAGGAGCAGAAGGUCCUUGUGGAGGGACCCCUCAACAACCUGCGGGAGAGCCUCAUGCAAUUCAGCAAGCCCCGUAAACUGGUCAACACCAUCAACCCCGGGGGGCGCUUUAUGAGUACUGCCAUGUACGAUGCUCGCGAGGCUCUCAUCCCUGGCUCAGCCUAUGAUCGCAGCAGUGCUGCUGGACGUCCAUCCAACAUGUACUUUCAAACACACGACCAGAUCGGGAUGAUUGGAGCAGGCCCUGGUCACAUGGCUGCCAUGAAUAUUCCUUUACCCUUCAACCUGGUGAUGCCCCCGGUGCCUCCCCCCAGCUACCUGGGUCAGACCAACGGUCCUGCUGCAGGUCGGGGUAUGAUGAAGGGGAAACCCGGGCGUGGCGGGAGACAGAGGGUCCGUGGUUCGGCGAACCAGUGUGCUAGUCAGGGUAACGGACCGAACAGCCAGGCGAGCCAGGACGGAGCCUCCCAGUCCUUCUCUCAGGGGCCACUGACUCAGGGUUACAUCUCCAUGAGCCAGCCCUCUCAGAUGAGCCAGCCUGGCCUCUCUCAGCCAGAGUUGUCUCAGGAUAGCUAUCUUGGCGAUGAGUUCAAGUCCCAAAUCGAUGUGGCUUUGUCCCAGGACUCAACUUACCAGGGUGAACGUGCAUACCAACAUGGCGGGGUGACCGGACUGUCACAGUACUAAAGUGUUGCCUGAAGAAGGGAGCUAGGCUUAAGCUGAGCUUAGUUCAUCAGCUUUUUAAUCUGGGAAAUAAUAAAAACAUAAAAUGGAUACCUGUUUUCCUCUGCUACAUCCGAAGCACCACCAAGUGAAAGCGACGGGAUAGCGAAACCAAACCAAUGACCAGCGAGCGAAAUAAAAGGGUAGAAGAAGAAGAGCGCACUAACAGAUGGGCAAGGAGAUGAAAGAGGCCGCGUGAACAAGCGAGAGGCAGGAGCCGAUGCCCGUGCGUAGUGAAGGAGGGAAAGUCGAGAACGUGGCGGCGUCUGGUCGGGCUGCUGAGGGAAACAGAGGAGAGAUCAACAGUCUCUCACGAGAAUCCAAAAGAGGUUCAGCCCCCAACAAAAUAAUCCACCCAACACCUUCACACCCGCAGCUUCCGGGAGACCUCCGGAGCAAAGGAUCGAAGCUUCCCAGUGGAAUUUGAAGAACUCUUUCUCCAAAUCUGGACAGAAGUGGUAGCAGAAAGCUUUUAAACAGGCAGCACAAAAAAACAUUCCCCACCCCCCCACGCUGGAAGUUAGUUGUUUAUCAACUAGUAUUUCCCAGACUCUUUUAAAAUUAGGUUCAUCGCGGGAGGAUAUUCUUCCACUGGGCCCGAACACCUCGGCAGCCUCUGAAGGAAGCAGCAGUCGACACACCCUCUCAGAGAGGAAAUAAAAACACUGGUUCUGUGCUCGAGUCUGAUGUUGAAAUACCUUUCAUUUGCCUUGAGGACCGCCGGCUCCAUCAAGGUCUUUAAUGGGAUGGUUUCAACCACACGCCAGCCGUGGACUGACGCGUGGAUUUCAGGCAGUUUUUCCUAGCAUACAUGGAUCCCACUGAUGUGGUCAUGAUGGGACAGUAUUUUCUUCUCUGAAUACCUUUCUUACCACAGAGCACAAAAUUGCAACAACAACAAAAAAAAGUCAGUGAGACUAUCACACAUGAUGAGCGAUGAAUAUUCAGCUCAGUCAUUUGAUGUUUCAGCGAAGGCUUUUUCUGAUCUCGUGAAAGCAGGGGUUGUUCAUGUUUGCUGUGCUUUAUGACCAGAUGACCUAUUCCUCUUUUUUUUUUUUUUCUUUU